AUGGAUAUCUCUUUGGAUUCUCCAAGUCCGCCCGUGAACAUGCUCAGAGGGCAUGUGACGGCGGAGUCGACGACGUUUACGAUUCACUGUCAUGACAGGAUCUUCAAGCAAGUCACUGCUGUAGAUGACUCCGGAAGAACAGUAUUCCGUUGCGAGGGCCAAUCGUACGGCUCUUCCUGGAGCUGGCGACGCAAGGUAUACGACGGCACCGGGCAGCACCUCUUUGACCUCCGCCACAACAGUAUCGACAUCAAGAAUGGCUGGGUAGUUGAGACUCCCUUGAAAGAAAAGGUGUGCUCACUGGAUUUCACGUCGUUUUGGACCAAAGGGCCAGCCGCCAUCACGGCAAAAGUCCGCACCCAAGCUGGCGAGGACGUUGUCGUGAGGACUCAUCCCCAGGACCACUCCGCACUCACAACGACUCUUGGCGUGGAUGGCAUCUCAUUUGCUUCCAUUACCAAGCUCGAGGACAACGAUGUUGUUCAUAUGGAAGGAAGGGACAGAAGUGUCUGGAAAGUCAAAGUUGCCCCUGGGGUCGACCUCAGUUUGGUCCUGGCCAUAUGCUUAUGCCGGGCUGAAAUGCUACAUGUUUGGAGGAAGUAG